CCCGGAUUGAGCCUGCCCUGACAAAUGCCACAUGCUGCCCAAAAAGAGUAAUUAACAACAAACUAAUCAACCCAUCACUCAGGAGGCCAAACCCAUACGGCAUAUCCCACAGAGAGAGAACAGAUAGGGCUGUGAACAGGAAGAGGCCUGCGAAUGCAACUUCUCGAGCAUACAGAGCCUGGUUUCAGUGGUGGAGGUGUCAACUAUCAAUGGAUGAUUAUCUUGACUACAUUUCCAGUCAGGACUCCGAUUAUCUGUCAGUGCUGUUUCACUUGUAUGACAGUGAUGAUGAUGAAGAGGCAGAGAGACACAAGCUGGCUCAGCUGCAGCAAGACGAGAGGAGAAGAAGGCAACAGGAAAGGAUCAGUUCACUUAGGAGACAGAAACAAGAAUGUGUUCCUGGAUUCUGGAACAUCAACACCAUAGAGAUGGGAGGAUUGGGAAGGGAACCAGAACUGGAUGAGAAAAAUCCAGAAGAGGAAAUACAAGAUGCAUCUGAGGGAGAUGAAGGUGAAGGUGCUGGACUGCUGGAUGGAGAACAGAUGCAGGUCAGGCUGGAGAGGGUCUGGAACGCCCUGCUUCUGCCAGAAGGACAGCGACUAGACAUGGCCAUUAAAUACAGCUCUCAUGAGUACAGGAACCAUCUGCAGGAGGCAAUUGCUGCAUGGGAGCAGGCUGCUCGGUUGAUCCAGAAGAGAGAGCUCUUGCUCUCCAAGUUGGAGGACUUUGAGAGGGAGGCAUCUGACCCCAACAGAUUUUUCCAGCGAGGUUAUCAUGGUUCAUCCAUCGCUAGAAUGGAAGAGGCAAGUCAAAGAGAGAAGCUCAACUCUCAGAUUUCAGUUGUAGACCAAGAACUGUCCAAGACUAUGGGCCACAUCACCACCCGUUUCAAUGACAACAUCAGCUAUAAGGGUCGGCCGUACAGAGAGAAGAUGCGCUGGGACCGUACUGAGAUGCUGUACUGGCUGCAGCAGGAGAGGCGGGUCCAGUCGCUGGAGAUGUUUGUAGAUGGACGGAUGGCUCUGCCUGUAAGGCUUCCUCCUCUGAGCCAAAGCCAGGAGCUUCACUCAGACAACCAUCAAACCCUCCAGGAACAACCUCUGUCACACUGUGAGAGAAAUGGCCAAUUACUGCAACACUGCCAACUCUAAAAGAUAUACCAAUGUAGUCCAAAUACUAGCAAAUAAAGCAAGACCUGUCAGUUUUUAUAGACCUGUUUCAUUUUGAUUAUUGGUUUAGUAUAUUCUUACUAGUCGC